AUGACAAUAACAGUUGUUAAAAAUAAUAAUUUAUCUAAAUUAAAAGAUAUUCAAAAAGCACCAUAUUAUCAUGGAUUUCUUCCUCGUGAAGAUAUAAAUAAAAUGCUCCAACAUAUAGGAGAUUUUCUUGUUCGCCUCUCUAUUCCUGUUCCCAAUGAACAUCAAACAUAUAUUUUGUCAGUUGUAAAAGCAGGUCAAUGUAAUGGUAAACCAAUUAAAGAACUAAAACAUUUCAUCAUAUCAAAAUCAAAUGAUGAUAAAUAUACAAUUUUUGAUUCAUUUUUUUCAUCGAUUGUAGAGUUGGUUGAAUUUUAUCUUUCAUCACAUAAUGACAUCACAAAUAAUCAAAAAGUUUUUUUAAAAACCCCAAUAAAAAGGAAGGAGUGGCAGAUAAGUAAUAAAAAUAUAAUUUUAAUAAAAAAAUUAGGUGAAGGAGCUUUUGCUCAGGUUUGGUUGGCACAAUUUCAUGAUGAAAUUUCAAAAAAAGAUAUACCUGCUGCUGCAAAAGUUGCAAAAUUAGAAAAAUUAACAAAAGUACAGAUACAAGAAAUAAUGAAGGAGGCAAGAAUAAUGAGAAGAUUAAAUCAUCCAAAUGUAAUAAAAAUGUAUGGAGUUGCAGCAGAUGAGGAACCUUUAAUUUAUGGUGCUGCAUUAGGAUUAAAUUAUUUACAUGAAAAUAAAAUUAUUCAUCGUGAUGUUGCAUUAAGAAAUUGUUUAGUUUGUGAAAAUGAACAAUGUAAAAUAUCUGAUUUUGGUUUAAGUUCUGAGGAAUCUGAGUCAGCUUUACAGGAAGAUACUAAAGUUCCCGUAAAAUGGAUGCCAUUAGAAGUUAUUAGAGAUAAAACUUUUUACUCAUCAUCAGAUGUCUGGUCAUUUGGAAUACUUUUAUGGGAAAUUUUUAAUGAUGGAGCUGACCCAUAUGGAAAUAUGGGUAAUGAAGAAAUUAUAAGAAAAGUUUUUAAAGAUAAUUAUCGUUUAGAAUUACCUAAUGAAAUAUCAGAAUCAUUUCGUAAUUUUAUUACAAAAAAAAUGUGGAGUUGUAAUUAUACAGAACGACCUACAAUGAAAGAAGUAAGUAAUGAAAUUUUUUCUCAAAUACCUAAUACAAAAAAUGAAGCAUCUAAUAAUGAUUGUUAA